AUGGAUACUGAAAAAGGAAUGCUGAAGCCUUCCGAGAGAGCGGUAGAACGCAAGAGGAAUGUUAUUGCCGUAAAUUUGGAUAAUUUGGUGUGUUUUAUGGGACAUUCGACCGUUUUGUUGGCUUUUCCAGACUGCUCGGCCUACAAAAUGGAUACUAAAAAGACUGCUGGGCCUACAAAAUGGAUACUAAAAAGGGAUCUGAUGCCGUUUCAAGUCUUCCGAGAGAGCGGUAGAACGCAAGAGGAAUGUUUUUGCCACUGCUCGGCCUACAAAAUGGAUACUAAAAAGACUGCUCGGCCUACAAAAUGGAUACUAAAAAGGAAUCUGAUGCCGUUUCAAGUCUUCCGAGAGAGCGGUAGAAAGCAAGAGGAAUGUUAUUGCUGUAAAAUUGGAUAAUUUGGUGUGUUUUAUGGGACAUUCGACCGUUUUGUUGGCUUUUCCAGACUGCUCUGCCUACAAAAUGAAAUGGAUUGGCACGGGAUAAUAAGAAGCAAAGGACAACUAGUAGCUUGGAAUAAACCCCCAACAACAAUUGGAGGCAUAUUUUGGAUUUUUUCUGCCAUUUUCAACAUUAACCGAACAACCCAGUACUUCGAUCGGAGAACCUUCGAACGAUGAAAUAUUAUGCUAAAAAGGAUUGAAACUGGAAAAAAGGAGGCAAACAGCAACUGGCAAAGCAACAUAACCCACCAGGAACAAUUUGAACAGCAUUCUGGAGUCUUUUCUGAAGGCUUUUUUUCCAUUCAAUCGAACAACAGUGUUGAAGAACCUUCGUAAACAAUACAUUAAUAUGUUAAUUGUGAAAUGUUUUAGUAAUAAUUAAAAUUAAUCGUUAUUGAACUAACUGUUUUAGUUAUUUCUACUAAUUUAAUCUCUUGCAGGAAAUUAAAAACAUUAAUAAAGGACGUUUAACGUUUAUCAACAU